AUGAAACUCCUGCUGCGCGCCGACGCCUGUGCUAACUGGGUGGACGCACAGAAACGCACCGCCCUGCUGUUGUGUGCAGAGAAUGGACGAGUCCACAGCGUUAAACAACUGUUGCAUCAUAAGGCACACGUCAAACAUUCGGACGCCAACGGUGACUCCGCGCUGACGAAAGCCGCAGUUCAAGGUCACUCAAGGGUGGUCGGCGUUCUUCUCAUACACGGUGCAGACGUCAAUCACGUCAAUCGCAAAGGGAUGUCCGCCCUUAUGUUGGCUUGCGACAAUGGCGAUCAUGUGACGGCGCUAUUACUAUUAAGUAGUCGCGCAUCAGUGAACCAGAGAAACAGACAUGGCUGGACCCCACUGAUGUUGGCUUGCAGCAAAGGCCAUUCUAAAAUAGUGAAAGCCCUUCUCAAACACAAAGUGGACGUGAACAUACCCGGGAAUGAUGGCACCACGCCGCUGAUGAUUGCAUGUAUUCAUGGACACGUUUCGGUUUUAAAAUCGUUACUCCAAAACAAAGCUGAUGUUCGGGUGCAGAAUCGAAUCGGGUGGUCGGCCUUGAUGUACGCAUCGCGAUACGGAGGUCUUGGGUUUGUCGAACCACUUCUGCAACACGGUGCUGAUGCCGCCGCUGUGAACACUUCUGGAUCGACAGCUGUCAUGAUCGCCCUUCUGAAUUGUAAAACAGAUCUUGUCGAGCCCUUACUUAAACUCAAGAGGGGUGCAAACAUAAACCAGGAAAAUGAUAACGGCGAUACAGCUCUCUCUGUUGCGAUUCGACAUGGAUUAAUUGACGCCGUUGAUUUACUACUUAAGUACCAAGCGUGCACGGGGCCUAACAGGACAAACGGAACUGCACCGUUAAUGGUGGCAGCCUCGGGGACAAACGGGAGAAUAGUAGACAUUCUGUUGAGUAACGGCGCUGUUGUCAACCAGCAAGAUUUUCAAGGCUUCACGCCCCUUAUGUUUUCAUCUCGAGCAGGACACACAGGCAGCGUUAUAAAAAUGAUCGAGCGUGGCGCCGACGUUAACCAGGUGAAUAAGAAGAACCACACAGCCUUGAUGAUGGCCUCGCAAAACGGACACACUCUUACCGUGAAGACGUUGUUGGCGAACGGGGCUGAAAGAGGUAAGAACCGAGCAUUGCUGUUUGCAACAAGUAGCAACCACCCGCAAGUGAUCAAUGCCCUCUGUAAGUUCGGUGUGGACAUCAACUUCUGUGAUCAGGAUGGACAUUCAGCACUGUCGUUGGCAUCGUGCAAGGGACACGUGGAAGCCAUCAAGAUUUUAAUUCACAACGGAAGUGACGUCAAUAAAGUUAACCACUUUUGCUUUACAACCGAAGUCGCAGAACUGGCCGACAUGGUGGUUACACAUCCGCAUUCUUCAGUAGGGGUAGAUUCUACUUUGGUGUCGAUAACUGCGCUGCAUAUAGCGGUUUAUUUUGAACAAGCGAAGGCUGUAGAGGUCCUGAUUCAAUGCGGCGCAGAUGUUAAC